UCUCAACAGGGCAUUAUUUAAUGAAGAAACGUCAGAACUGCUAAACACACGGGGACACAGGAGAUCCUAGUGACCAAGGAUGGCUUCCUCUUGGAAAUUAGUUCUGUUUCUGUCAGUCUCUGGGUGUCUUUCAGAGUAUUCUGGAGCUCUUCCUGAUCUCCCUACUUCAUAUGCUACUUUGCUAAGAAUUAAGAAGAGUUCAUCUUCAUCCCUCUUUGGUUCGAAGACCAGACCACGAUACAGCAGUCCUUUGUUAGGAACACUGAGUGUUUCUUCACCAAACUGGCAAGGGGCAGCUCAACAUUAUUAUUCCCCCAUCAAUCUUUAUCAUUCCUCAGAUGCCUUCAAACAAGAUGAAAGUGUGGACUAUGGGCCAGUUUUUGUGCAAGAACCAGAUGAUAUAAUUUUCCCAACUGAUUCUGAUGAGAAGAAAGUAGCACUGAAUUGUGAAGUUCGUGGCAACCCAGUUCCCAAUUUCAGAUGGCUUCGAAAUGGAACAGAGAUAGAUUUGGAAAGUGAUUAUCGCUACAGUUUGAUAGAUGGGACCUUCAUUAUAAGCAAUCCAAGUGAAGCAAAGGAUUCUGGUCAUUAUCAGUGUUUAGCAGCCAACACUUUUGGAAGUAUUCUUAGUAGAGAAGCCAUACUUCAGUUUGCCUAUCUGGGAAAUUUUAGUGGCCGGACAAGAAGUGCAGUCUCGGUGAGGGAAGGCCAGGGGGUUGUUCUGAUGUGCUCUCCUCCGCCUCAUUCACCAGAGAUCAUCUAUAGCUGGGUAUUUAACGAGUUCCCUUCCUUUGUGGCGGAAGACAGCCGGCGGUUCAUUUCCCAGGAGACAGGCAACCUUUAUAUUUCUAAAGUCCAAACAUCAGAUGUGGGCAGCUAUAUUUGUCUGGUGAAAAACACAGUGACAAAUGCUCGAGUACUUAGUCCUCCAACACCACUCACUCUGCGUAAUGAUGGUGUGAUGGGAGAAUAUGAGCCGAAAAUUGAGGUCCAUUUUCCUUUCACGGUUACAGCUGCUAAGGGAACAACUGUUAAGAUGGAAUGCUUUGCGCUUGGCAAGUAAGUACAUAUUCUUCCAUAAUUAGACACAAUUGUUUAUUAAAAUGUGACAUAGCUUAUUUUUGGAUGACUUAUUUUGCGAGGUUUCAUUUUCCCAGAAGCUCCUCGGUAGCUAUCGUUUUUUAAAAGAAGGGCAAAUGGGAAUUGAUGAAGUAACCAAUUAUAAUUAUCUUUCUAGUCAUUUCUAUGAACAAUAAUGUAUACAAUUUUACCAUUUUAACAUAAAGGAAACUUCUUUAAGUAAAAGAAGCGCUUUACAUCUCUUUGCCUACGUGUCUUAAAAUUUCAGUAUCAUUCUUAAAUUUCAUUCAGCAAUGAUGAAAAUAAAAAGAAGAUAAAAGGGUAAGGUGCUAUCUGCUCCUCAUGUAUAGGAUAUAAAUUCUGAUAAGAUAUAAUAAGACAACAGUAUAAAAAUCAUAACAAUGAUAGUUGUAGUGAGCAAAUUGAUUACUUCAGUAUCUCCUGAAAUGAUAACACGAUAGCACCAGCUGUCAAUAUGUACAACAUGUAAUCAUUCCCCAAAUCAGAGAGAGGAUUUAUAUCACACUCUAAUGUCUGCUAUGCUUAAUGAGUCUAUUUCUGAGGGUUUAAAUCCCGUGAUAUAUAAUCACUUGUCAAUGAUGUUUACAAUAUGAGUAUUGGGCAUA